UGUGAGAGGAAGCACGGCAAGCAGGAGGAGCACAUCACUGCAAGGAGAGAGGGAGCACGGCGCUGGAAGGAGGAGAGAGACCAAGGCAAGGCUAGUGGCCUGUGGAAGCAGGGUGCCCUGGUUCUCUCCUCUCCUGCCCCACGCUGUAGCUUCAGAAUGGGCUGCACUGCAGGACACCCGGCCUGCCAGCCCCAGUCCCCUGGAGCCUGUGGAGUGUCCGCUGCUGAGAACCACAGCGUAGGACCAGAGGAGCUAGGCCCCAAAGCUCCAGACGUGCUGUCCUCUCUGGAGCGACUCUCCCAAGCCACAGGUGGGGUGGAGAAGUCCUGGUACCGCUGUAUUUUCCCCUUCGGCAUAAUCUCCCUGGUGAUCGGCAUCGCAGGAACGGGUGUCAGCUACACCUACAAUGAUCUCCCACAGACCAAGGUGGUUUCUGUGGUGCUGCUGGUUACUGGGUUGAUCCUGGUAAUAAUGGCCACAGUCUGCUGGACAGCCCACAAGAAGAAACGCAGGAAAAAAAAGGAAGGAGCGUCCGCUAGUUCUGAGCAGUGCCCACUAUGACGGGGCGAGUUGGACAAGGAUAGAAAUUAAGCGAAAAGGAUAAAGGGAUUUGGAAGCAUGCUUGGUGGCUUUUGCCUCACAGCAUCCCUCUUAUGAUUCUUCUUUUAUUCUGCUGAUGAGCUCUGUCCACUGACUAACUCAGGAGAAGCAACCACGUGCACUGAGAAAGGUGCAAAAAAAAGUAUACGCACACUUUUUUGGCGUAAAAGUCUCAUUUGUACACACUCAAGGAUCAGAGUGGAAACACUUUUAAGUGGCAAGAGGAGGGACACAUGCAGUUUACCGUCACACAGCAGGUGUCUAGUGUCAAAACAAGCCAGAAGAAGCACCACACUCUUACACGCACACACACUCUCUCUCUCUCUGUCUCUCUCUCACUCUCUCACACACACGUACUGGUCAUUGGACACGGUGGGUGUGUGUUGCAAAGCGGUUGCUGCCGUCAGCUCUGGCGUCAGACCCCUGCAUUCCGGCCACCCAGAGUAUGCGAGUGCUUCGUCGGAGAAGUGGGCCAGAGGGGGCAACCCGACACCCCCACCUAAGUGGAGUUGACCCCCGUCGGCGUCCCGCGUCAUUGGCCCCAUCCUGUGACACCAACGCAAUGUGUGAGCUUUUUACGCAACGGGACACUGGAACAUGAACUGCGGUCCGCCAGCUCGCAUCAACAGCUGUGAGCUGCGCUCGGGAGGUCCCAACAGCACGGUCUUUAAAGGGAGGUGUGUAUGUGUCUGCGUGUAUGUUCCCAGGAGCAAAUGAAUAUAGAGAGAGAAGAUAAAACUCUCUUGUCAGAAACAAACCGUUGAUUUAUCAGGGCAUUUGCUUCUGGUAGACACCUGGGUCUGUGUGUGCACGUGGGCACUAUUAGGAAUCACUGGUGUUUAUGGGGGUGCGAAAUCACUUGGGGAUUUGUAUUUUGUAUAACACCUGUUGACGUUUCUGAGGACCAGGAAGCUUUGUCCACUCUCAUCCUCAAUCAUAGCAUCACAAGGCCUGAUUUUGUCUCCCAUUGAUCUGAACAGAUCAUGAGAUUAGCAACUCAAAAAUCAAGGAGACACUGCAUUUGCUGUAUUUUUUUACAUAUUUUUUAGAGGCCCAAAGUGCCUUGAGCUGUCAGCAAAACUGUUUCAAGUCUCUGUGCGCACAUCGUUUUUUCCCCUUGUUUCUAUCAGGAGCACCCCCUCCCCCAUCUAACCCCUUUAACCUCAAACGUCAAUGAAGACCCAACACCCCAUCCUGGUUUUUCCACUGGAGCUAAACCCCAUUGCCAUGUCACAGGAAGCCGAGGGAACAGAAUACCACCAGCACCCUCCACACACACACACACACACACACACACACACACACACACACACACAUACACACAGCUUCUGCAUUACACUGCCAUCCUGUCAGCAGCAACAAAAUCAUUUUACAGUUAUUAUACAGAAUUGAACAAAGACUGAGAAAUGCUGAAUUUGCCCUAUCUAUCCUCAGACAUUUGCUUUGUUGAAGGCGUGAUGGAGCAGCCGUAACGUCACCAGCUGACAAUUGGUUUACCCGGGUUCAAUUCCUGCCGUUAUGAAUCUGUGUUGCUUUGGAUGCAAAGCGUCUGCUAAAUAUCUGUCAACUUAACUUAACUUUAAUUGGAGAACGCUCAUAGAUCUCUGGUCCCUCACGUUCAGUCUUUGAGUGCUUUCCACUGCCAGGUUAUUAACGUUGCCUCUUUUGAGAGACAAAACUAAUAUGUGUACUCUAAAAAGGAACACUCAGUGUUUCUUAAAAACAAAAUCAGUCAAGGGACAUACUAAAAUCUAGUCUCAAUACCUAACCUAUGGGGGAGGUUGACUUGAUUUCAUUCAUGAGUGAUACAUGAUGCUCGACAUUCAUGUCCCUGUGUGCAUUAAUGCUCCCGGGAAGAUAUUACAGAAUGUCAGAACAGAAGAGAUGCCUCCUGUGGUUCCCUGUCUUGGAACAGCAGGCCAUGUUCACACUUUUCCCCGCCCGCACAGUGAUAGCCAUGUGCUCUAAGCAGACGGCCUCUUCAGUCUGCCGGGGCUCAAGAGCUGCUGUAUGUGUCCCCAGGGCUGUUUCUACUACCCUCAAAAACUCAAGGAUAACUCAGAGUCACCAUGCUGUGGUUGUGAGCUCGGCAAAUAGUGUUUAAGGAGGGACUGAGCCUGCAUUUUGAAGGACAUUAUCACUAUGUGUCAGAAAUGCUUUUGCAUCCGUCAGCAGCGUGCAAAAUGAUUGCGCAUGAAAUAUGAGAAGGAGAAGGGGAAGGGAAGAGAUAAAGAGGAAGUUGGUAUGGACAUUCGCUGUAAUUAAGCAUAUGCUGAGACUCUAAACUGGAUGUGCUCUGAGCACCCUUGUGCCCUUUGCUGCAAAUUAGAACAGUCUGUAAAGCAAAAACGUAUCCGUAUACUGAAAGACACUAGUGCAGCUGCAACCAGACAAGUCUGUGCAUUUGGCAUGUUAGAACAAUGUGCCUUCUUAGGUGUCCACACAACACAACAAGGAUCUUGAACAUUAAUAUUCUGUGCCUCUAAAUCAGAUUGUCACUUGUGUUCCUUAUUUUUUUUUUAUUAUUAUUAUUACACUGUGCUUGCCAUAUGAACAAAGAUUAUUGAAGAAAGGGAAUACCUUAUCUCUUUUUCGUCCCUUUUCCCUUUAUGAGAGAGAGAGAAUUGUGCUUAGUUUUCCAGGAGUCUUUAUCACCCCCUUCACCAUCCCCUUUAUCUCAGCUUGCUGCAUAUACAGCCUUGACUUUAGCCCACUUCAUGAACUCUGCUUGAGGACGCCAUGGCUAAAACUAGGUUUAAUGCCCUUUGAAGGCAAAUGGUGGCCGUGAGUUAGCGUCGGCUACAGCUCGGACGAACCCUAAUAGCCGAGAUGUGGGGGAUGACUCAUCCUGGCUAAGGCUGAUUUAAUUACAUUGCUGAAGCCUUGUUGGGAGCCAAUAGCAGUCACUCACAGCUGAAACAGUACUUGCAAAAGUUCUCUCUUACUUUCUGUAUUAACAUGAGAUAAAUCGUUCACUGACUAAAAAACAGAGGAUGUUGAGGCUACAUUGGAGAUGUGACAGAAUGUGAAGUAAAGUACAGGUAACACACACAAAACCACUCCACCAUGUCUGAUGAUAACUGCACUUCAGCUUAUUCUGCAAUGUGCCACGCAAAUACGUGUCUACAAGAUAUCCUUCUACUUGUUCCAACAGAAAAAGCUAUGUUAGUAAACUGGUCUUUUGUAAUUUGUAAUAACUUGUGAUAAAUAUUUUGGUUUAAAAAGAAAAGAGGGAAUAGCCUACUCUACCUCUCUAUACCUGAGGGGGUUGCUUGAAUGAAGAAGUUCCACAUAAUUAUGUCUGUCCUGGUAAAAAUGUAAUCCAUCUCCUUACUGAUGUAAAUAUAAAUGUGUGCUUAUAUUUAUUUAUAUCUUUCUACUCAUAUAAGCUUAAUUCAAAAUCUGUACUGGAUGUUCACUUGAAUCAUUUUGUUUUUUGUGAAUUUAUUGUGACAAAUAAAUAUCUAUAUUUUGAUACAGUA